GUCUUUACAAGUCACCUGAUCUCCUCUUCUCCCUGUCGUAGAGAGGCGAGAUAAAGAGGAAGGAGAGGUGUGGUCCCUGACAGGUGGGUUUACCCUGAAGUCCAGCCAAGGUGGUGUUCCCACCUUCUUAUGACUCAACACAUGGCUGACAUUAAUGAUAGAGAUCAUCUGAUUUUGCUUCACUUGCCAAGCAUUAGGACAUCUGAAACAUGCACAGAUAAUCUGUCUGAAGGAUUGCUACCUCUCCAGGGUUCCGUAAAGGGACUGUUCAGACCUCAUAACAGGCUGAAAUCUCAUGUUUACACUAUGGAAGAAGGAAUAGAUAACCCGGCAUUCACCACUCUAGGUGAAGUGGAAUUGCAAACUAUUGAUAAUGACAUUAAAACAGCGAUCCCAGGUUCUGGAGUGACAGAAAAAGAAAACCAGGAUCCCAUUAGCAGCGCAGACUAUGAAGAGGGACCAUGUGGCUGGGGAAGAUUCACUCCGAGCUUUCUGCAGUGCUGUAACAAUCCCAAGGGUUACUUAGUGAUGUACAGCCUUCUGGCUGUCCUGCAAGGUACUGCUGUAAAUGGCCUGGUAAAUGUAGUCAUCUCUACUAUUGAGAAACGUUAUGACUUGAACAGCUCCCUCACUGGACUCGUCUCUGCCAGCUACGACAUUUCAUUUUGUGUUUUGUCACUUUUUGUAUCUUUUUAUGGGCAAAGAGGACACAAGCCUAGGUGGCUUGCCUUUUCAGCAUUUAUGAUUGGACUGGGAUCCAUAGUGUUCUCCUUACCCCAUUUUACUACCAGUAGAUACCAGUAUGGAAACCGACAUAAUGAUUUCUGUGAAACAUCAGGAAAUAACAGCACUGGGCUGGAUUGUACUGGAAAAAAAGGUUCCUCCCUCUCAAACUACCUCUAUGUCUUUAUCCUCGGGCAGCUGCUAAUGGGAGUUGGAGGAACUCCAUUGUAUACUUUGGGAACAGCUUUUUUUGAUGACAGCCUUCCAACCCACAAAUCUUCAUUGUACAUAGGAAUUGCAUAUGGAAUGUCUGUGGUGGGACCUGCAGUUGGAUACUUAAUAGGUUCACAGACGUUAGAUAUUUAUAUUGACUUUGAAAAAAAGAAAAUAAAUGAUGUUCCUCUUUCUCCAAAUGACCCCCGUUGGCUUGGUGCGUGGUGGAUUGCAUUUGUAAUCGUAGGCCUAACAACAUGGCUACUUAUUAUGCCUUUCUCCUGUUUUCCAAAACACUUACCAGGUACAGCAGCCGCCCAGUCCAAAAGAAUAUCAGAAGCGCAUAACAAUGGAAGUGAAGGCAUUGUGGAAGCUCAAAACAUUGGCAAAACUUUCAAAGAUUUCCCUUUGGCUCUUUUGCUGUUGGUAAAGAACCCGGUACUUAUGGCCCUAACAUUUGCCAGCUGCGCUGACGCAUUUAUCACCACCGGCUUUGCAACAUUCCUUCCAAAAUUUAUUGAAAACCAGUUUUCUUUGACAUCAAGCUUCGCAGCCAUUCUAGGAGGUGGUGUACUAAUUCCAGCAGCAGCAAUUGGACAAGUCAUUGGUGGUGUCAUUGUCUCAAAAUUCAAGUUUGAUUGUAAAAACAUUAUUCGAUUUUCAAUAAUAUUGUCCUUUGUGUCCAUCGCUUUGGUAACAGUCUUCAUUUUUGCGAAGUGUGGCAAUGAGCCAUUUGCUGGUGUUACAGUGGCUUACAAUGGAACAGAUAAACGUGAUGAACUGUCGUCCCUGUGUAAUGAAAACUGCUCUUGUGCCCGUUCCUAUUAUGACCCAGUUUGUGGUGUAGAUGGAGUCCAAUAUUUUUCGUCUUGUUAUGCUGGAUGUUUAUCCACAAAUGUAUCUAGUGGUGGUAUGAAGACCUUUACCAAUUGUUCGUGUAUAGGAGAUCCAUCACAGAAAAAAUUUAAGCAAGCAUUACAUUUAAAUGAGGCAAUAUCUGGAAAAUGUGAAUCUACUUGCACAAACCUGAUAUUAUUUAUGGUGUUCUUUUUCUUUGUGGUUGUUACUACGUUCAUGACUGCAACACCGACAACCAUGGCCAUUCUAAGGUGUGUGCCAGACAAGCAAAGAUCAUUCGCUCUUGGGGUACAGUGGGCAUUAAUUCGAUUACUGGGUUCUAUACCUGGACCAAUAUUAUUUGGAGUUACUAUAGACAGCAGCUGCAUUCUGUGGAACUUGAAUGAUUGUGAAGUAAAAGGAGCCUGCUGGAUCUACAAUAAUACAAGUAUAUCCUACAAACUUGUUGGCAUCAGUGCAGCAAGCAAAAUCAUCACAAUUAUAUUCCUUUUUAUUGCGUAUUUUAUAUAUAAACCUCCAGCAAGCACGAAAGACUCACAAAAUUCACAAAACAAUGUCAAGAUCAUCUCUUCAGACUCUUUAUGAGGGAAUGCCAGACAAUGUCCUACAGGAAGAUGUGAACAUUUCUACUGGUGUAGGUCAUUGCACAUGAUCAUAACAUAAACCAACCAGAGAUGUUAUGUUAUUCCGCAAACAAAAACUUAGCCAAGUAAA